CCCCGCGCUGCUCCGUGACCCAUUUCAGUGAACAAAGGAUUUUGCUGGAAUCUCUCAGCGCUAUACCUAAAAUGGCGCCCGGCGCGCUCAUCUCGGCCACCAUAGAGAUGAGGCGGGGCGGGCGGCUAGAGCGGCGCCGCUGGCACUUUUCUCUCGUACAGUACUUUACACACGGCCCGGCUCUGCCUCACUGGUAGCGUGAGGCGGGCGCUGUGAGCAGCGGCAUGGCGGGGGAGGGCGAGCCCGACUCGGAGAAGACCUUUAAGUUACUAGGAAUCCUUGAUGUCCAAAAUAUUCCCUGUUCACGAGAGUCAAUACUCUAUGGGUCACUGGGUUCUCUAGUUGUGGGCCUUGGACAUUUUUUAGCAACCAGUAGAGUUAGAAGAUCUUUUGACUUUGGAAUGGGAGGUUUUGUUUUGACAACCUUAGGAUGCUGGAUAUAUUGCAGAUAUAAUCAUGCAAAACUAAGGAUCCAGCAAAGAAUUAUUCAAGAAGGGAUGAGAAACAAGAUCUUAUAUGAAAGUAGUGAUUUUGAUCCAGAAAGAAAACAAAACAGCAAUCUAGGAAGCAAAUCUUAGUUUAUCACAGAGCAACCCAAUGGUCAAAUACAACCUGUGGGGUAUUAAAAUGGAAGUGCAAAGGCACACUCUGCCUGUAAGUGUGGGAUGAGAACAAAACUGAUAACCCACACAAUCUUUUUCCUACUGGACUCAAACAAACUACUCACUCUGUUAAAGAAGAUCCUAACAUGUUAAGGUUGUGUAUAGAUUUAAAAGUUGUGUACAUUUAUAUGCAAAUCAGGGAUGGCCUUCCAGUUUCUGGCCCAUUGUGUUUGAAAAUGAUAAAUUUAAUUGCUGAGGAUUAAUAAUGUUUCAGAAUUGUUUAGAACAAUGGUGUGUAGCUCUUCUAAAAUGACUAGAAGUUUUGGCUUCAUUUUACAAUAAAAGAAAAAAUUAAUCCAGGCUAUAAUUAUUUUUCCAUAUCUAAACAAGACCUUUAUACAUUAUUUAAAAUUAAAUUCAAUGUAUAUCUCUAUGCUGUUUAAUGUGGAAAAAUUAUUCCUACUAAUUAUUAUAAUAAAAGGAAUAUUUAUCUAGUUGACUGAAACAAAAUGAAUAAUGUAAAGAUCCCUCUUAUCUCUGUGAAACAUACAGUAUAAUGGGCAACUUCUACUAGUGAUGUUGGCUAGUUAAGACCGUUAAUAGACAUGUUUAAAUUGAGGAUAAAAAUGGGAUGUUCUUUACUAUUUGAAACUAAAAAUGAAAUAAUUUACUAAUAAAUUUUCAAGAGGGCUAUUUGCUACUCUUUUGUACCUUAUGUUUGGGAUACUUUAUCUCAUAAGUCCCGGUCUUCCAAUUAGAGCACUUCUCUUCAGUAGCCUGUACUAUUUACAGUUUAAUAAUUGGGUAGAGCGGUACCUGGUUGCCUUGAUUAGUUACAUAAACCACUGCUGGAUUGAUAUUUUAUUUUGAAAUGUGCAUAAUAUAUUGUAAAAUUGGUGUUUUGAAACUGUACCCUAAAUUUAUCAUUUCUGUAUUUGUCAUAAAAAUUUAAAUAAAUGUAUUUAAAAAACA